AUGAUAGGCGACGAAAACGCCGGAGGGUUCAUGUCACCGGUUCGCAACUCCGACGACGGACGCAGGCGACAGGUGAGGUCUGCACUGGCUCCGAUACUGGGCGAAUCCCAUGCCUGGGAUACCAGCCGGUCCGCAUUUUCACGAAUGGCCUUGCGCUUCUCGUAUCAUUACGUGCGUUUGCACUGGGCAUACAAUGCAGAACGACGACGGUGGCUGGACUGGCUGGCCAAAGCAGCACAGCAAGCCAAACGCACUCCACAGACUACGCCACUGCAUAGACUCCAUCCUCAUCCAGGGCGAGCAGGCAGAUCGUACGUCAAUAGAGCCCACUUUAAAUACUACAGAGGCUACAAAGAUAAAGAUGAAGUGCUCCUGCCAACAGUUCAUAAUGUGCGAGUUCCCCAAGGUCCAAGACACGACACCUGUUGGGGGCGGCGUACCUAA